AUGCGGCCCCACGGAACCGAAGGAUGUCGAGGCUCAAUGGUGUCUGAUCUCAAUUUCUUUCGCAUGCCGAUGCCAUUCUCGACAGCGAAGCGUCCCGGGCUUGCCUUGGCUAACAGCAAGGUGAUCGACGACCGGCGCUGGUGGGCGCGACCCGCUUUAACCAAGUCUGGUGAGCGACUCCCUCCCUUGCGUGCCGACGCCCUCGCUGCCGAAGCACGACACAGGUGUUCUAGCUCCGUUUGCCCUGCUGGUCUUCGUGACUGGUCCUCGAUUGGCCUGUUGGCUGAGGUUGUGUCCUCUUUCGGUCGAAGGCACAAGACUACAUGGAGCCUCUAA